AUGGCAACGUCAGUCUCUAGCGUGACCAGCUCAAGCUCCAGCUCUACCUCGUCCAAUUCCAUCACGAGCACUUCAAGUUUCAGCACUGCACCGAUGACAGGCUCUAGCACAACCAGCUCCUCCAGCAUAACCAGUUCAAGCCCAAGCUCCCGUACAACAACCUCGCUCUCCACUUUCAGCUCGAGUUCUAGCACUACUUCGAGCUCCAGCAUAACAACAGUUGCAGGAUCUGGAGGCAUUUCUGUUGCCGAAGUCCUCGAGGCGAAUGCCAGGUCUUUGAUAACGCAGCUCAGGUCAGAUAAUGUCACAACAGCCUUGACUCCACUUGGCAGAAUGACGGCGGUGAAAUUGACAGAUCAACCACCAGAAGCUGGCUUUGCGAUGGCCCGUCACUCUUUUGACAACAGCAUAUCGGCUGUGUUCAUUCCCACAGAGACCCUGCAAAAUGGUAGCUAUGGCGCUAUGGUGAUCACAACCUUUGACGGAGAGGCAAGCAAGGCUCUCAUGGGGAGAGGAGCGCCGGCAAUGUCAAGCGCUGGCAAUCCUUUGUCCUUUGCAACAGACGCUGUCGACGUUUCCUUGUUUGGCUCCGACCUGUCUGUAGGCAAUGUAACGUCCGCCAAGCCGAUUUUAUUGAAGUUGUCACCGGCAAAUCUCGAGUCAUCUUUGCUUUGCGCCUAUCAGUUGGAAGAUGGAACUUGGUCAACGGAGGGCGUACGCUGGGCAACGGCAGAGGAGCUUGAGCAGUUGAGCGGAGUUGUUGACACCUCAGGCGCUUGGUGUGCUACAUUUCACUUGUCCAUUUUUGCAAUUUUUGUGGAUGUGCUCCUCGAUUGUACCAACAUCAAUGUGCUGUCACCGGAGAACUUGCGAGAGAUCAUCGAGCGACCUGAUUGGUGGACACGACCUCCUUCGUUGUGCCUGUGGUUGCUGGUUGCGGUCUUAUUACUCUUGCUGGCUGCUGGCGUUCUGCUGGAUGCUUCCAGGUCAGCACUGUGGCAAGCCGAGUUUUUUCUCACUGAGACGCCGGGUUUUCCUCAGGGUAGCUGUUGCCGGUGCAGGGGUGAUUGUACCACAAGAAGGAACAAGAGCCAACGUCCAUCUCCUGACAUGCUGGCAGCUAUGCAAGAAUUGAAGAAAGCGCGGCCUUUCAGCAAGAUGCAGGAAAGUAUUCUUUGCCAAAACACAUUGCGCGAAGUGUCUUUACAACACAGACUCCACACGAAUUUGAUUGAGCAGCACAUAUGGGGUGCUGAAGGCUGGGUUCAAGGUAGUCUAGCUAUACAGAAGUCUGCUUUCCUCAAGGCAGUGGCUCUGCGUGUGAAGGAUAAUUUGCCCUCUGCAUACGUAAGGGUUCACAGAUCACGCUUGCGCUGCUGGUUCUCGACCUUUGUUACUACACAUCCCUUGUUUGAGAUUCUGCAAUUUGACCUGCACGUCACUGCAGCCCAACGUGCCAAGAUUUUCAUGGACUGCACCCUUGGCUCGCUUGCUUUUGUCGCCUUGUUCUUCUCUGUGGAUGGCAGUGCAGUUGCUGCCAGAAGCCCCGAAGACUGCCCCAUCGAGCAGACUUCUUUCCUUUGGCUUAUUUUCGUUUCAUCCUUCAGCAUCGCUUUGAACUUCAUCCCACGCAGCCUGUUUCAAUGCCUCGCUUUUAGCCGCUUUGUGCAUGUGGAGAGUCCUGCUGAUCGGUAUUGGAAACUGCGCAUUCACCACUUCAAACAUCUCAGAUUCUGGACUCUGGGUGCUUGCCUCACCGUCCUACACAUGCUCAUCAUCAUGGCCUUCCUAGCAAAUCUCGACCCAGCAGACGAGUGGAAAUGGCUGUUUUCCCUGGCUUUGGUGGUGGUUCGCAAGCUUCUUUUGGUGCCAUCAGUGGCAUGCAUCAUCUCUGGCGUCGUUUCGGAGGUUGGCGGUGUGUCGAAGCGCCGACAGGUGAUUUUCUCACCUCCAAAGAAAUUUGGCUUGAAUGUCGAUGAUCUUGCUCAGUUUGGUGGAUCUCAAUCUAAGAUGCAAGAUGAAGCAGACAAGUCGUCGAUUUGGAACGAGAAAGUUCGGGACCUAGCAGGGCGGGGUCUUACACUCAGACAGUUGCUUGAUUUCUAUGCAGAUUUAGUGUGCCAGCCUCGUAUGAUGCCACACUUCGAUCCGAACUGUUCAACGACGCACGAUGUUGUGCGACACGCCAUUAUUCCAAGCUCCAUGCAGCUGCGCGAAGCUCGCACUUUUGCCGUCCAGGUGCAUCGGGCUGUUGGCCUUGAAUGCUCUGAUCCCGGUUGCCUGCUUCGUGUCUGCCGUCAUGAUUCGGAGCCAAUGCUCAAGCCUUGGAAAGGGGGCUCAAGUUCAGUCAUCUGGGAUGAGACAGUUCUUUUGCAAGAUGUCUUGCCAGAGGAAGGCAUGUACUUUGCAGUGCGAGGCCUUGUGCAGAACAAGGCAGGACAAGAAGAAGUAGAGCUCUUCUCCAUCCUGCCCAGCUGUGAAUUCUGGCACGGCUCGACGGAAAUAGAGGUCCGUCUUGGUGCAGGUGCUUUGGUGGCCUCGAUCGUUCCAUGUGACUCACUUGAAGAAGCAUCUGCAAUCAUGGAAUCCAGCGAUGCCAAGCUUUUGAAAGAAGAUUCAGAGAAUAUGGAGGAGAACGCAAAGCCUCAACCUGUGACACUUGCAAUUUCCAUUUGCCACCCCUUGAUUGAAAAGGAUGCCCAGGAUGAAGGCAGAUCCAAGGGAUUUGCGUACGCAACGAGCAUCAAUGGUGGAAGGCCGUGUUUGGCGCAGAAGAUGGUCACUCACAGCUGGGGUAACAAGUUCUGCCAUUUGAUCAGCGCAAUUUUCGCGGAUGCUCUCGAAGAGGAGACUUAUGACAUCGUGGAGCAGUUGUUGAUGUCCAGGGACUUCGAAGGAGUGUCCGCCAGGUUGCAGCAAAAGAACACACUGGAUGUGCCAUACUGGGUGUGUGCGUUCUCCGUCAAUCAGCACGCAGGAAUUUGCGCCCGGGCGCCGCCCUGCGACUCCAUGGGCCAUGAAAUCACCGCGUGCAGUUGUUCAACUGCGAAGCAUUUUGAGGGAGAUUUGAGUGAGAUGAACAAGUUUGACGACAUGAUGGCGUUCUUGAAGCAGCUCCAUCGGCAGAAAUCGCAGGUGCGCUUGGAGCAGGUGGUGGCAAUGGAGAUCGACUUCAGCUUGCUCACCAGAGUCUGGUGUGUUGCCGAGCUAGUAGAAGCUGACAGGCUGCAUUUGCAUCAGGCUGUGAAGACCCAUUCCGCAUCGUCGUUGGAAAAGUGCGUGGACCAUCUGCUUCACUUGGACGUGAGGGAAGCUCAGGCUUCUUUUCCUUCUGACAAGGAUUUGGUCCUGAGCAAGAUUGAAGACGUGCAUGUUUUCAAUGAGAACCUUCGGAGUUUGAUGUUGCAGCGUUUGGGUACCUUCCUGGCGAUCAACCAGGUCACCAUGACAGCGGCUGCCGCGCUGGACGACGUUUUGGGGGCGGCGUUGAGCAUUCUGAUCGGGUCAUAG